AUGAAACCAAAAAGAAAAUGUAGAAGUAGCAAUACAGAUUAUGAUCCUAAUAAAGAUGCUGAAAGCAGCAGUAGUGAUUCAGGGGAUGAUCCCAAAGAUAAAAUACACGUACAUCACAUGCAUAUAAAUCAAUCUGGUGAAUCAGCACAAGAUCUGCAAGUUGAAAGUGAAACGGCUCAAGGUAUAACCGUUGUGAAUCAACCUCCAGAAACUGUUGGUCGUAAUCAAGCGCACUUUGGGGAUGGUGUUCGUCCCAUGGCCAGGCGUCAUCAACAGACUGAAGCCGUCCUUACCAGAAAAUUUAAGUAG